AAGGUUGUGAACUGUGCGAGUCAGUGUGUUGUUUUUUGUGUGAUCUCGUGUGAAUCUCGCUUGCAAUGAUUUUACGGAAACGCCGGCGGAACUGAAUCAGUCACAUGGCUUAUCCAAAACGAUGGAGUCGCCGAACCACGAUUAUACUGCUGUCCUGUGCUGCCUUGGCUUUACUCAACCUCGCUUUGGGCGGGAAUCAAUACAGUGUCGGAGCUCUGCCGAGACUCGUACGCGAUGCCUGGGACACGAUGUCGUGGAAUGUGCGGUCAGUGCGGACUUACUCCUUGGACGAGAUUCGUCAAAUUCUCAAUUUGACUGACGAUGCGGAAGAAGCUGUGCGUUGGGCGGAACGAGUUAAUACCACGGAAGAUGCCAGGGUUGGAGGCGACGUCAAUGUGAUCGGAAACGUAUCUGCGUUGUUCGGGCAUGGGUCAAAAUGUCCUCCUGUUCCUCCUGAUCUUCUUGGACUAAUGGAGAUGAACACCUCUGACGUUAGCUGGGAGACCAUCAUCGCGGAGAAUCCGGAAGUGGAACCCGGGGGUCGUUACAAACCGAAAAACUGCAUUUCCAGAAACCGAGUUGCCAUUAUAGUGCCAUACAGAGACCGAGAGGCUCACCUUCGAGUGUUUUUGCGGCAUUUACACCCGAUGCUCCGGCGACAGCAGCUCGAGUACGGGAUUUAUGUGAUUGAUCAAGUCGGGAAAAGGCCGUUUAAUCGUGCAAUGCUUUUCAACGUUGGCUUUUUGGUGUCGAAAAAGUUGUUCGAUUACGAAUGCUUCGUAUUUCAUGAUGUCGACCUGAUCCCCGAGGAUGACAGGAACUUGUACAGUUGUCCCGAAGAACCGCGUCAUAUGUCCAUCGCCAUCAAUGAUCAGGGAUACAAAUUGCCGUACGAUAAUAUUUUUGGCGGUGUGUCGGCAAUGACAAGGGAACAGUUUGAGACCGUGAACGGCUUCAGCAACAAGUUCUGGGGCUGGGGCGGUGAAGACGACGAGAUGUACGAGCGUUUGAAAAACUCUGGAUUUCGGGUUUCCCGUUACCCCAUGUCAAUUGGACGCUACACUGCCCUGCAGCACGCCAAGGCGAAACCCAAUCCUCGACGCUAUCACUUGCUGCACGCUGCGAAGAAUAGGAUGUCCAUCGAUGGUCUCGACACGAUUCGCUACGACAUCGUCGACGUGGUGUUGAAGAAGAUGUACACUAGUGUUUCCGAUUUGAAGAUGAAAGGGAGGUUAUCUCCGCGUCGCUUGCUUCUCGAACAAGUCGGAGGAACAUGGAAUUCGACGCCCACGACCGAGGAACUGUCAAUAAGCAGAUUUCGCGCCGGAAGAAUUUCUGCCGGGAUGAUCCGAGAUGAAAAUUUGAAGCUUGGAUUUCAGCUCAUGGCCCCGAAUGGUUUAACGAGAACGAGACACUUGAGUGCUAAAGGCGACGUUCACUCCAUCUUACGACGUUUUGCAGUUUCAGCACCGUUUGUUUCUGCGGAAGAGAUGGAAGCUCCUAGUGCGGAUGACAGAGGGUUGAUGGAAUUCUACGUUGACCCUGCGGAAUUUCUGAAAGGAACUUUGGAAACAAUUCACGACCGGCCGGAAGAUUUUUGGAAGCAUAAUAUGAAGCUCGACGCUCGUCCAGCCGGAAACCUUGUAGUUGAAUUCAGUUCCCCCAACAUAGCGAAACCCUUCCACAUGGGCCAUUUGAGAUCGACUCUGGUUGGGAAUUACGUCGCCAACGUGUGUCGUGCAAUGGGUGAUGUGGUUACUACAAUGAACUUCUUGGGAGACUGGGGAACCCAGUUUGGACUUCUGAGUCGAGGUCUCGAAGAUGAACCCGGGUGGAAGGAAGAACUGAUGAAAUCGGAUUCGCCGCUUUCCGUGCUUCAACGGAUUUACAUUUAUGCAAAUUCUCUGGCGGACGAGAAUAAAGAGUUCCUCCAGGAUGCCUUGGCCAAGUUCAAACUACUAGAAGAAGGAAAUCCCACCGUUGUGGCCGAUUGGCAGCUGAUACGUGAAUCCCAAUACCAGAAAUUGACGGUGAAAGAUCUCGUUGAAACGUGGAAAACACGCGACGAGGUGCUGGAGGACGACAAUGGCAGAGUAGUUGCGCACCUCAAAAACGGAAAGAAAGUGACACUAUUGAAGAGCGAUGGGGCUUCAAUCUACCUUUCCAGAGACAUCGCUAAGCACGUGAAUUUUGGGAGAAUUUUGGGCAUGAGUACGAGGCGAGGAACCGCGGUGAUGUUGGCGGACAUCUUGGAUGAGGCUCGGGACCGAAUGGAGGCUCAACAAGCCAUUUCACCGAACACACGGGCAACAGAUGCAGAAACCGUGGAGACUCUAGGACUAAGCUGUUUGGUCAUCAAUGUCCUAGCUCAGAGACGAGUCAGAGAUUAUGAGUUCCGGUGGGAACAAGCGUUAGCUAGCAAGGGAGACUCAGGAGUUGCUUUGCAAUACUGCCAUGCUAGGCUUUGCAGCUUGGAGGAGAAAUGUGGAGUUGAUGUGGUCGAUUCUUUGACCAAUGAACACUUACAGUCACUGCUGAGGUCGCCUGAGGCCAUAUUGCUUACUGCCGAUUUAGCGAGAGCCAAUAUAAAUCGGGCAUUCAAAGUGUUGCCAGUCAAGGGCCGAUCCGCAUUUGACGCAGAAGCUCGGAUGAUGCUUUUCCAUUGUGCCAGAAUGGUGCUCAGUAGUGGCUUGAAAAUUCUGGGUGUCCAGCCUCUUGCUGCCAUGUGA